UUAACAAUAAACCCCCAACCUACAAACUGACAAAUGCUGUGCUAGAGCUGCACUGUUGUAACGUAUGAAACUGCCUGGAGACACACAGGACUCACAUUCACAACCACUCGACGUGAGGUGUUCCUUCCUCUGCUGCUGGUCCAGGUUCAGGUUCUUUCUGGUUAAAUUGCUACGAGGUCACUGACGUGACAUUCAUUCAUCCACAACAACAAUGGCAGCGCAUGAUUUUAAUUUCUUGCUCGCGACGGAUUCUUAUAAGAUAACACACUACAAGCAGUAUCCUCCAAAUGUCAGCAAAAUCUACUCAUACUUUGAAUGCAGACGCAAGAAAGGCUCCCAGUUCAGUGAGGUGGUGUUCUUUGGCCUUCAGUAUCUGCUGAAGAAAUACCUCAUAGGCCAAGUAAUCACCGAGGAGAAGAUUCAAGAAGCCAAACUUUUCUACCAGAUGCACUUCAAACAGUCUGUGUUUGAUGAGGAAAGCUGGAGGAAAGUCCUUGAGAAACACAAUGGCCGUCUUCCUAUCCGGAUCAAAGCAGUUCCUGAGGGAAGGAUCGUUCCGAGAGGCAACGUUCUCUUCACCGUGGAAAACACUGACCCCGACUUCUACUGGCUCACCAACUACAUUGAGACCAUGCUGGUCCAGAUGUGGUACCCCAUCACAGUAGCCACAAUCUCCAGGGAGUUUAAGAAGAUCCUGGCCAAGCACCUGAAGGCCACCUCCGGGAGCCUGGAGGGUCUGGACCUGAAACUGCAUGACUUUGGCUACAGAGGGGUCUCCUCACAGGAGUCCGCAGCAUUGGGGGGGGCAGCCCACCUGGUUAAUUUCUGCAGUACAGACACCGUGGCGGGGCUGCUGAUGGCUCAGCGCUACUACAGCUGCCCAAUGGCCGGCUUCUCCAUUCCAGCAGCAGAGCACAGUACCAUCAUUUCCUGGGGGAGGAGCAGAGAGAAGGAGGCGUUUGAGCGUGUCCUGGACCAGUUCCCCUCAGGGCCGGUGUCUGUAGUCAGUGACAGCUAUGACAUCUUUAACGCCUGUAAACACAUCUGGGGAGACAAGCUGAAGGAGCGCGUGAUGGAGCGGAGCCAGGACUCCUGUCUGGUCAUCAGGCCGGACUCUGGAGACCCUGCAGAGACUCUCAUCGAGGUCAUCAAGAUUCUUGAGGAGCGUUUUGGUUGCUCUCUGAACUCUGUGGGGUUCAAGGUUCUGCCUUCCUACCUGCGCAUCAUUCAGGGAGACGGCAUCGACCUCACCUCAGUGGAAGAGAUCCUCAUGAAGCUGAGUGAUGAAGGCUGGAGUGCGGAGAACGUCUUCUUUGGUUGUGGCAGUUCCCUGCUCCAGAAACUCAACAGAGACACACUCAACUGUGCCUUCAAGUGCAGCUAUGUGGAGACUGACGGGAAGGGGAUGGACGUUUACAAGCAGCCGGUGACCGACCCAUCCAAAGGCUCAAAGAGGGGUCGGCUGCUGCUGAGGAGAAACUCUGACGGCUUCCUAGAGACAAUAGAGAGAGGAGCAGGCAAGCCGGAGGAGGACCUGCUGGUGACCGUCUAUGAGAACGGAAGCCUGGUGCAGGACUACUCCCUGGAGGAGAUCAGGAAGAACGCUCGGCUGAGGGACGAGGAGGUGAACCCCACCCUGCACAACAAGGAUCAGGAGCUGCUGCACAAUCACAUCAUCAACGGGGUUCACUAGACCGACCCCAGCCUUAGGAGACUUGAGUUUUGCACUGAGUGAGGACUGCCGUGUUUCUUAAAGGCACCCCUUUAGGUUAAACUGAACAAGCAGAAGGGACAGUAAAAAGCUGUCUCACAAAACACUAACUUAAUAAAAUAAUACAGUAUUUCUGAUUAAGCUAAUCAUCAGGUAUGGUUUACACUGGCUAGUGCUUGAUAGACAAUAUUUGUUUUCAGUGUUAGCCUCAUAUAUCAGAACACCUUUAUUCGUACCAUAAAGAGGGAAUUCACGUAUUUUACUGAUGCAUAUAUUAUCUCCCUAUUGCCCUUUAGUUUAGCACAAGUCAUGUACAGUCUAUGAAUGCAGACAUCACAUCACUGACAUGCUGGGCUCAAUAAUCUGCACUGCAACAGUUCAGACCAAACCAAACUGAAGCCAUACCUGUUUCUGUUUCAUUUCUCACGCGCCUGUCCCACAAAGUACACUCUGAAGCCCAAUUUUGAAUAGAUAGAAAAACUAUAAGAAACAAAAUGAUAUUAUUAUAUUGUGUAAAUGAACCGAUACUUUGUGAAAUAUUUGAAGAGAUAGUCGAGACUCAUCUCAUUAUUUUAAAAUUGUGUUUCAUUAUUGAUCUUUUUAACAGAAUCUGGAAAGGUUAUUUUUUAUGUAUUAGAUAGUCAUAUUUUAUUUCAAAAUGCCUUUUUUUUCUUUUGAAGUAAUUGUUUUGAGUUCAUAUUCACAUGAUUAGCAUUUCUUCUUUCCGUGGUGUUGCCCUCGCCCUCUGACCAGCCAAUCACAUGCCAUGUUCGUUCGCUCCAUUGCCUUUUAAAGAGAGCGUUAGGACACUCAUUCAUCUCGCUGCCACCUGGUUCAUGUAGUGCUUCAUAGUUCCAAGGGCCAGAUUCAUUGCAUUCUUGGAAGUAGGACAAAUAGCUGCCCUUUUUUUAAAAUAAUGUCUCCCCUCCUAAUGUAAAGUUGAGAGGAUCACAGAAACAUGCACAGCAAAGGCUGCUUUACCUUCCACCACUGCGUCCGCUGGCAGUGCAGAGUUCAUGUGCUGAAACAACAAACGAUUAACCAGAGUGCAAAAACACUUAUUUACCUACUGUAAGAAGUUAUUUAGAUCAGUGGAAAAGUGUGAUACCUGAUCUGCAGAGUUGGACUUUGGUUAGAGCCUGCGCUGUAGACGCUCAUUAAUACACAAAAGAGAGCAGCCACACAGCUAACACUAUAGCACGUCUAUUCUACUGGUGGCCAGCGGGCUGAUCAGCAGCACCAUGCAGUAGCGAAAGAGAGCAGUGUAUCAUUGAUGACCAUGCAGUAAUAUCAGUCAGCACAGGGACUGUCCCUGCCAUUAUGUAUCUUUCAUUCUUUUCUCCCCUUUUUAAGAAUAAUAAGCAUAGAUCUUUCUUCUCCUGUGAGGAACAAAUAUGAGCUGUAUCUGAAGUGUGUAUCCAAAAUGCUAGCCCAUUAUUACACAUUACAAAUAGAGAAGGGGGUCAUAAGGCAAAAUUCAGAUCAAGUGGGUUCAUUUUCCUCCUCUGAAUUAUGGCUCAGGGAAAUGUCUGUCCCAGGCCCCUCAGCUUUCUGACCCUGAACACAUUAUAUGUAGUGUAAUAGCUCUGGUCCAUGUGAGGGCUUAAAAGCAGUAGCAGUAGCAGAUCCCAAACGUGCGCUGCAACAGUAUAGAAUAAAUCUACAUAUAGAAUAAACAGUGAGUGAAAGAUCUGAGUCAGCUAAGGCACUGAUAUGAAUAGGCGUCACUAGAUGUGUACAGUAAGAACUAUAUGUAACGAAUAGGCUUUUGGCUGCUUUACGAUAUGUUUACUUGAGGCUAUUCCAUUUCAAUCAGAUGUCUGUCGUUACUCUACAAACAGCACGGGCAAGCUCAACAACUGCUACAAAAUAUGUCAAGCUAGCUCCUUUUAUCUAGAGCAACAACAAUGCUAAUGUUAUUCUGAUUUGAAUAACUACAGUACACUCACAUAACCAUGCAAAUAACCAUAGCUGUUGUUCUUAGUUUAACAUGGUGCUAUCAGUGACACCAGACAGGUUUGUGAGUUUACAUUAUGACUGAGUGUGAGAGGAAAUGACAUCAGAGUUAGGAGCCAGUGCUAGCUCCUGAUGGCAAGCCACCAGAGAAACUACAUGGUCAUGAGAUUUGCUGAAAGAUGAAUGAAGGCUGACCAUGGUUGUAGGAGAAAAGAACAGCAUUCUUGGUAGUGAUCAAACAAAUACAACUGUCUUGUCUGUCAUUUGGCCAUUGGGCCCUUUGUAGCAUUCGUCCAGAGACUUUGAUGAGCAACCUUUUGGGUAAAAGAUCUUCCCAGUACAAACAUUUAAAAUAGCCUUUAUUUAAAUGUUGAGUUUCUAAAAGGUGUCAAAUGCAGCAGUAGCCAAAUCCAAAGUGAUUGCUGUUGAUGUGAGAGCUGAGGGUGUUACAGUUAAUGCCUGCAUUCUGGGCCACAUGGAUACGGAUGAUCAGAGCCAUUUUAAACCCAGCAGUCCAUAUUUUUGAACUUCAUGAGCUAACUGAGUAACUUUGAUAUGAACGGACAGGGCCCCGCCUCCAACGCCGUAUCAAUUCUCUCCAUACAUCCAUGUUUGUGACACAGAUGCUUUUUCAACUUUUGUAAAUUUGAUGAAAACAUAUCCGUCUGAUCAUGUCAUAGACAUUUCCUAGGGGAUUAUUUCACACAUGAUUGAUAACAUCAAGAACAUUUAAUCAUCAUUCAAGCCAAGAGAAAUCAAUGAUUUAACUCGAGCAGUCACAGUUUUGUGUGUCCGAUGUGUUUGCUGUUUGGUACAGCAGUGGUAUAGUCAUUUGUUUGUGCAGAUGCAGUAAACCUUAGACGACACAGCGGACUAAGGAACAUAUGUAGUUAAGUCAGGUCACCUCAUUGUGUUAAUUCUUCUUUUCAUGCCCUUUUAAUUUCUGUUUACAUGUUAGGAUUUGUAGUAUUAAGUAACAAAUUCCAUGUUAAUGUAUGUUCUUGCUGAUGACCAGUCUAUGGAGACUGUUGAUGGAGUAGUGGUUAAUGAGCCAUCAACACUGGACAACACACAGCUAACCUGUUGUCUCGGCACUAAUCAUAUAUGUAAUGACACUGUGUGAAUAUACUUUUGAAAAUUGUUUCCUUUUAACUUAUCUGUAUCUUUUAAAUGUUCUGUAUCUUGAUUUUGUUUGUUUUCAAAACAGACCUUUUAUAAGAUUAAAAGAAAUAAUAUUGUCA